AUGAGUUACUUCCUGUCUUACUGCAAAGCCCACGGCAGCUCUCUUCUCACUGGCUACCAGGCCCUACGCGCUGAGGGCUUCUUGUGCGACGUGACCCUGGAGGCCGAGGGCAGUGAGUUCCCAGCGCACAGGUCACUUCUGGCGUGCUCCAGCGACUACUUCAGGGCCCUGUUUAAAAGUCACACUCAGGAAUCGCGGGCUCGCGUUAUUCACCUGCAUGUGCCUUCAGCAGCUGGCCUACAGCGCCUGCUGGACUUCAUCUACACUGCCUGGCUGCCCCUUUCCAUGGAGACCGUGGAGGACACUCUGGAGGCUGCCAGCUACCUGCAAGUCACUGAGGCCUUGGGACUGUGUGCCCACUACUUGGAACGCCAGCUUGCCCCAGAGAAUUGCUGCUUCACUGCCAAUGUGGCAGCUCGAUUUGGCCUGGCCCGCACCCUAGGUGCAGCGGAGCGCUGUAUUGUGCGCCACCUGGGGGAGCUGUUAGUGAUGGGCACUGGCCCCUCGGGGCUGCUGGAACUCAAUCCUAUAUCAAUGAAAGCUGUGCUGGGUGCCCCCAACGUGGCACGGGUGCCUGAAACACGGCUGCUGGGCCUGGCACUAGCCUGGCUGCAGCAGGAGCCCAAGGCCCAGCGCCUGGCACAUAGUUCAACACUGCUUGGAUGCAUCCGCUUUGGCCUGGUGCCUGCUGCUGUGCUGCGGCGCAUGUACUCGGGCUCCGGUCUGACACUACCUACUAGGAUCAAGAGUCUCAUCAUCCAGGCCCUCAAUUACCACACAGCACCCUCCAGGCAGCCACUUCUGCAGGGAGAACAGACCAGUGUCCGGAGUCCCCAGACCCGUAUCUUGCUAGUUGGUGGUCUCAGAGCUAGGGAGACAGCAACUGAGGAAAUUAUGGUCCUACCAGAGGUAGUUCAGAAUCGGCACCCUGCACCUGAACCAGAGGAAGAGGAGGGCGAGGAGGGAGAGGAGUGGGAGCUCACUCAGGAUGUGGUGUCUUUCGACGUGUACAACCACAGCUGGCACAGCCUGACACGGCUGCCCGCACCACUGCUAGGCCACAGCUUAUGUGCCACUGGCAACUUCUUAUAUGUCCUUGGAGGGGAGAGCCUGUCUGGCAGCCCAUCUAGUUCCCUGGCUGAUGGUUCAAGGUCAGUCACAGCCUUAGUGCACCGUUAUGACCCGCGCUUCCACACUUGGACACAGGUGCCUGCCAUGCGAGAGGCAAGGGCCUACUUCUGGUGUGGUGUGGUAGGCGAGAGUCUCCUGGCUGUUGGAGGCCUGGGCACCUGUGGUGAGGCACUGGCCUCAGUGGAGAUGUAUGACCUUCGAAGGGACCGCUGGAUGGCAGCUGGAGAGCUACCCCGGGCAGUACACGGUCAUGCAGGCGCUGUUGGGGACCAUGGUGUUGUGUUCAUCUCCGGGGGCAAGGCUGGGAGAGGUGGAGGAGGCACAAGUAGCCUCCGGGAUAUGUACUCCCUUAGCCCCGGAGAGAGAGUGUGGAACAAGAGGGCACCCAUGGGCACAGCUCGCUAUGGGCACUACCUUGCAGUGCUGCGAGGUGCGGUGUUUGCCUUUUUGGGGAGAUAUGAGCCCUUUUCUGAGAUCGAACGCUAUGACCCCAGCACAGACCAGUGGACUCGGUUGCGGUCACUACCCUAUGACCGCUUCUGCUAUGGACUUGCUGUGGUAGAAGAGACAGUGCUGCUGCUGGGUGGCCUCAAGUGGCGGGACUCACACCAGGUGCCAACUCGGAAUGUAGUGGGCUAUGACCUUGACCUGGACCACUGGGAAGAUAUAGGCUGUGUGCUGCCGUGGGCGUGGAGUGGCCUUCAGUGUGCGGUGCUGCAGCUGCCUGAGGGUAGGGAGGAGACAAGGGAGGGAGAGACUGGAGAGGUGACAGGUUUAGUGCUGGAUUGA